GGAUGGUGUAAAUGAGUUAUUAGGGUUAAAACCCCUCGAUGGAUUCUCAAUACUCCCACAAGCGAUCAGAAAGAUUUUCUCUUUCGCCCUUUCAAUGGAGACAGAUAAUACAAAUAAUCAGUCAAAAAAGAAAAAUUGGAACUUUGGGGGGCAAAAUGGAAGAAUCAAAAAAUUAUAAAACCCAGUAAAUAUAACCGAUGAAAAUAUGUAAAAAGACACUAAAUUGAUAUGUAGAAAUAGUUCAGAAGAGACAUGAAAUCAAUUUUGGCUGCCAAAAUAUAAAGGAGGGAUAAGACAAGAAUCAAUCAUAUUUGUCUUUUACUCUGUUUCUAAACAAAAAUCCAACAAAACAGGAAAAUUAAUGUAACGAUCGAAAAUAUUAUCUAUAACUCUUGUUGCACACUGAAAUUGUUCAGAAAUUGAAGCAGCCAACCAUACCAAAUUUCACCAAUUUUAUACUGACAUGAAGGAAUAGUACAUGCUAAUAAACCUCUUCAUUCUUUCUUAAUUGCUACAAAAAGGCUUUUAUGCAUAAAAAUCGUUAAAACAAUCACAAUUCAAAGUCACAGAGUUAAAGAUCCAAACAGACAAGACAGCAACUGUUACUAGAAAACAUCAAAACUCUUAUUGAUCAGAUCCUCAGCCGUCGGAGCUGUAAUCGCCGGCAGAGGCGGCACGGCGGCGCAACAGAACAAGUUCCUUGUCUCUGAGGAGGAGGCAGCUUCCGUCGGCGUUCCAUUUGAGAUCGUUGAAGCCAGGGGAUUACUUGCGCAGAACGCACCAGAGGGAGGAAGGGAGUCCACAUGUAAAAAGGUGAGAGCUUUCGGUGCAGAGGGCGAGACGGUGGCACGUCGUCGGUCCCACACAGCGCUCGUGUGGGUUCCUUCUGGACCAAGAUGGCUGCGACCUCGAGCCGGCACAUGUCCCAUAUCCAUACGGUGAUGAGGAUAAAACCCAUCAUCGCUCAAAUUCCCAAAACACCCGCAAAGGUUAGCUUGGUUGUCAUUUGGAAGAAAUAAAAUAGGAAACCGUGCUGUUUCUGUGGAACGAAAUAGCACUGCUUCUGCUAUUUUCUGUUUCGAUGUGAGAGCUUGGAUUUUCCCGGGAAAAGAACACAGGCACAACACGGAAAUAUCCCAUCUCGCCGAAAUCCGCUGUUUCCCAGGAUCCGAAAGGCGUCGACAAUGAGCUCCUCUGUCGGCGUAACAUACCCUCUCGCCACUAAGUUGCCUGAAUUGCCAUCAUCGACAGGAAGCUCAACCGUGUUUCUACCAACCCAAGUUAACCAGCAUCCCAGCGGAGUCGCAAUUUCUUCGAAAUCUCUCUCUUUGACCGGGAAAGAUGAAGUCCACCGGAUUUGUUAUCCAGUAAAAUCAUUGAUAGAGCUCCUACGAGAUUCUGCAGAAAAAGGGUAUUUAGAGAAAGCGAAAUCGAUUCACGGGUUAGUUCUAAAAUCUCGAUUUACCGGCAAAACCCUGACGGUAAUGUUAAACCAUUUGGUUAAUGCCUACUCCAAAUGCUCCGACUUUGCAUCCGCUGGUCAGUUGUUCGAUGAAAUCCCCCACAAAAACGUUUUCUCGUGGACUGUAUUGAUUGUUGGAGCGACGGAGAACGGAUUUUAUCGUGAUAGUUUCGAUUAUUUUGCUGAGAUGUUGGAUUAUGAUGUCUUUCCCGAUGAAUUUUCUCUCUCUGCAGCAGUACAGGCAUGUAUCGGUUUGGAUAGCGUUGAUUCAGGUGAAAUGGUUCAUGCCCAGAUUAUCAUCCGGGGCUUUUCGUCUCUUUCAUUUGUAAGUACGUGUUUGCUUAACAUGUAUGCAAAAGUGGGGAGGUUGAGCGAGUCAUGUAGGGUGUUUUACUCCAUGGCCAGUCCAAAUGUGAUUUCAUGGAAUGCUAUGAUAGCUGGAUUUGUGUCAAACGGUCUAUUCUUGGAGGCAUACCAUAGUUUCUUGAAGAUGAGGGAUGAAGGGAUUAUGCCGAAUAUAUCUACUAUCAUUAGUGUUUCCAAUGCCAUUGGACAGUUGGGAGACAUCGGAAAAGGCAGAGAAAUCGAGCUUAUUGCUUUUGAAAUGGAUAUGCGGUCUAACAUUCAUGUGGGAACAGCUUUGAUCAAUAUGUUUGCAAAAUGUGGGUGUUUGGAUGGAGCACGGUCUGUUUUCGAGUCGAAUUACUGUGAAUGUGAAGUCAAUUUACCAUGGAAUGCCAUGAUAUCUGGUUAUUCAAUGUCUGGGAACAGUGAGAAAGCUGUUUUGCUGUUCAUGAAAAUGUGUCGGAAAGGCGUCGAACCAGAUAUAUUUACGUACUGCAGUGUACUGAAUUCAGUUGCUGAUACGAGGUCUCUAGAAUUAGGCAAGCAGGUUCAUGUGAUGAUCUUGAAGAGUGGCCAAGAUUUGAUCGAAGUCAGUCUUUGCAAUGCAUUAAUGGAUGUCUAUGCCAAAUGUGGGGAACUUGAAUCUAUGAGGAAGGUAUUCGACAGGUUGGAGGAUAGAAACCUUAUCUCUUGGACAACCCUAGUGACAGCUUAUUCUCAGUCUUGUGAGUGGGGGGAGGCAUUAAGUAUAUUCUCACGGAUGAGAGAAAUCGGUUUUCAACUGAAUCAGAUCUCAUUGUCCAGUGUACUUGUGCCUUGUUCUAGCCUCUGCUUUCUUGAAUAUGGUCAGCAAGUCCACAGCCUUUCGUACAAAACCGGCUACUCGGGCGACAAAUCGGUUGACAGUGCUCUUAUUGACAUGUAUGCCAAAUGUGGCAGAAUAUCUGAUGCUCAAAAGGUUUUCAAAUUUUCUUCUGAUCCUGAUGUCAUUUCAUGGACUGCCAUGAUAUGGGGAUAUGCCCAACAUGGUAUGGCAAAGGAUGCCCUAAAACUCUUUAGACAAAUGGAGUUUGUGAUUCCAAAACCCAAUUCUAUUACACUUUUAUGUGUUCUGUUUGCUUGCAGCCAUGGAGGACUAGUGCAGGAAGGCCUUCAGUAUUUUCAGUUAAUGGAGGAAAAAUAUGGAUUGACCCCUGAAAUGGAACAUUAUGCUUGUGUGGUUGAUCUCUUGGGACGUGUAGGUCAUCUAGCUGAAGCAUGUGAAUUCAUAUCGAAGAUGCCGAUUGAACCUGAUGAAAAGGUCUGGUUGACAUUGCUUGGAGCAUGUAGGGUUCAUCGAGAUAUUCAGUUGGCCGAGAUUGCUGCUCAAAAGGUUCUCUCUUGCAACCCUGAGAGUUCAGCUGCUCUUAUCCUCUUAGCAAAUGCAUAUAGAGAAGCAGGGAAUAUAGAAAACGAAAAGCUUGUAAGGAAUACGAUGAACUGUCAAGCCAUGAGAAAGGAACCCGGAUUUAGUUGGAUUUCAGUUGGAGGUAAAAUCCACAAGUUCUAUUCUGGAGAUCAAUGCCAUAUCCUGAAGGGUGAUAUCUACAGAACAGUAAAUGAAUUGAUGGGGAAAAUGAAAUCCAGAAGUGAAGAAUGAGAGCCUGAUUUUAUACUGGAAAAUG